AUGCGAAGCUUUGGAUGGACUGGGGAGGAAGUGGCACAGGACACUGGAAUAUAUAGAGAAACAUUCUGCCCAGCGGUGAUGUGGCCUGUGACACCUCUUUGGCUGUUAGAGACCCCAAAUGUGGACCUGGAGCUACUGGGGACAAGACCAAAGACUGGAGAGGCGGAUGUGAUCUGUCAGUUUCAGGACCGGGUGGAGGAGAAGUACAGGAGUCAUGUGAUAAUGUUCAUGGAUGGGUCGAAAGAUCAAGCCACAGGUGCUACCGGGGCAGCCUUUUUAGUGUGUGGAAUGAAUGUGCGGGUGUGUAAGAGGACGUCAAACUCCCUCAGUGUUUUUACAGUCGAGCUUUUUGCAAUUUUAAUGGUGGUGCAAUGGGCUGGUCAGCUUGAGGACUGUGAAGUGCUGGUGUGUAGCGACUCGAUGUCUGCAGUCAAAAGCAUCGGGAUGGGCUCAGCUAGGGGCCAACAGGACCUUGUAUAUGAGGUGCUGCUGGCUCUUAGAGAUGUGGCUAGGAGGGGGGUGAGGGUUUCGUUUAUGUGGGAGCCUGCACAUGUUGGGAUUGGGGCAAAUGAGAGGGUGGACAGGCUGGCGAAGGAAGCCGUAAAACGAGAGCUGGUGGAUGUCAAACUAAACCUGUCAAAGUCUGAGGGGAAAAGUGUGGUGUGGGGACUUCCGGUUAACCAUGUGAGUGAACGGACGCAUCAGGAGAAGCUCCCGAGUUCGACUUAAUAUACAUGUAUAAAAGGGACUAAACCAGAGCAAAAACUGUAAUCCUCACUCAGCAUUAA